AUGGCAAACCGCCGUAUCUUCGUCAUUGGUGCCACUGGUGCCCAAGGUCUUCCCGUCUGUCGAGGUCUUGCCAAGGAUGGAGGCUACAGUCUGCGCGUAUUGACGCGUGACUCCAGCUCUGCGAGGGCAAAAGAACUCUCGAAACUCGGAGAUGUUAAGUUUAUUGAGGGGACUUUCGCCAACGAAGAUGACCUACGCAAGGGAUUCGCCGGAUGCUGGGGUGCUUUCAUCAACAUCGAUGGUUUCAACUGCGGCGAGAAGGCAGAGACCUACUGGACGAUCCGCUGCUACGAGCUGGCGGUGGAGCUCGGGAUCAAGUUCUUCGUCUUUGGAAAUCUCGACUACGGUUAUAAGAAGAGUGGCUAUAACCCAAAGUUUCGGUGUGGACACUACGACGGCAAGGGUCGUCUGGCCGAGUGGAUGCUACAGCAGAGAAAGAGCAACGACAUGGGUGUCGCCAUCUUCACUACCGGCCCUUACAUUGAGAUGACAAUCUCUUCCAAGACGAUCAUGACGCCACGGGUCGAGAACGGGAUUGUCACAUGGAGAGUACCUCUUGGUGCAGGCGCAGUUCCCCACGUUGCCCUCGAUGAUUGCGAAUAUUAUGCCCGUUGGCUCUUCGACCACCCCGAAAGAUCUGAUGGGAUGGAUCUGGAGGUGUCCAUUGACCAUAUUCACUACGAGGACCUAGCAAAAGCGUUUGAAAAGGUCACGGGAAAGCCCGCUCAGUACGUUGACACUCCCAUGGACGUCUAUUUCGACAACUUCCCAAUCUCCAGCCAACCUGCGGGUUACAACGCUGAUCCCACGGACCCGGCGACUAUGUCAGUUAGAGAAAACUUCUCGGGCUUCUGGACAAUGUGGACAAACUCUGGGGGCAACAAGGGCGUCAUUCAACGUGACUACGCGCUCUUGGACGAGAUUCACCCAGAGAGAAUCAAGACGGCGGAGGAGUUCUUCCGCAGGGAGAGUGAGAAACGUCGCCUCGCUGGUCUUGGGGAGCUUUUUGAAGUCAUUGAGGCAAACAACCUUGCAUCCAUUCUGAAGCUUGGCGAGGAUAACCGCAAGGGGAAGUUGUAG